ACACACAUAAAACUCCAUUUUUACUUUCAAGUAUAUACUGUACGGUAUUUUUGAGUUUGGAUUUAAUACUGAAAGAGCGUUGGUGAAGUGUUUAUUGCUUUAUUUAUAUUAAAACAUAUAAACAUUAAUUGAAAAAAAAAUCUUAUAUUGUCUAUUAUCAUUUGCACUGAAAUUGUUUUUUUUUUUGUUUAAUUAUGAAAUUUUUUUUACAUAAUUAUUUUGUAAAUUACUUAACAUUUCCAUAGAUACAAUUGUGUUUUAUAUUGAUUCACUGAUAGUGUAAUAUUUCACUAUAAAAAUGACGAUUUUAGAAUCACUUAAAAAAUCUGCAGUGGUACAUUUAAUGUUUGCUAUCACUUUUUUUACGUCUGGAUUGAUUGUUAAUUUACUGCAAGCAAUAUUGUACCUUGGACUUAGGCCAUUUUCGAAGUAUUACUAUCGAAAGAUUAAUUAUUAUCUAUGUUAUACAUUUUAUUGUCAAUUAGUUUUUAUGGCAGAAUGGUGGGCAAAUACAGAUAUGAUUGUUUACAUAGAUGAAGAAGAAUUUAAAAAAUAUUAUGGUAAAGAACAUGGAUACUUGUUGAUGAAUCACAGCUAUGAGAUUGACUGGCUAUUGGGAUGGAUAUUUUGUGAUAGAAUUAGAAUGUUGGGGAAUUGCAAGGCUUAUGCUAAGAAAUCAAUUCAAUAUAUUCCAACUCUUGGAUGGGCUUGGAAAUUUGCAGAGAGUGUAUUUUUAGAAAGAAGUUGGGAUAAAGAUAAAGAAACGAUUGGCCGGCAAAUAAGAGAAUUAGGUGACUAUCCUGAUACAAUGUGGCUACUCUUAUAUGCCGAAGGUACAAGAUUUACUCCGGAAAAACGUGAAGCUAGUCAAAAGUUUGCUAAAGAAAAAGGCUUACCUUUAUUAAACUAUCACUUAACACCUCGAACAAAAGGUUUCACUGCAAGUAUUCCACAUCUCCGCGGCAAAGUCGAUGCUAUUUAUGACAUUCAAUUAGCAUUUAACCCACAAGCACCUGUCAAACCGACCAUGACUAAUCUUUUAAAGGGAGAAAAAGUUGAAGGACAUAUGUAUUUUAAAAGAAUACCUAUCUCAGAAGUUCCUGACAAUGAAGAGGAUGCUGCUGUUUGGUUACAUAAGAAAUAUGAAGAAAAAGAUCGAAUGGCUGAAAGUUUCAUGCAAACAGGUGACUUUUUUGCAACAAGUGGAGUCCCACGCACACAACAGUUUAGGUUACAAAGAAGAUAUUAUUCCUUGAUUAACACGAUAUUCUGGGCAAUUAUUGUACUAGUUCCAAUGCUGUACUAUCUCGUAAAACUAUUUCUCUCUGGAUCGACUAUUGCUUUCUCACUAGGAGCAGGCAUAUUAGUAUUAUUUUAUCUUCUAAUGUACAAAACAAUUGGAAUGUCUAAAAUUAGUAGAGGAUCUUCAUAUGGUGCUGCAUCAGCAAAGAAAAUUCAGUAAGAUACAUAUUUUAAUUCAUAAUUAUAAA